AUGGCCGAAAGACCACCCGUCUAUUUUCAAGAGCUUCUACAGCUCGCUGAUGUUGGAAUUUGUCAGCCAACUAUUACUUCUGAGAAUGUUACAAUGGAAUCUGACAAAAAUAUUGUGGUCAGAGAAAUGGUAUAAAUUUCUUUAAUUGAAAAUUUUAUUUUGGUUUAUCAAUUUGAAUUUUUUCUAGAUUGACAAUAAACAAGAAGUUGUAAUAAUUGAAUUAGACGAACCACAAAAUCCAACUCGACUUUCAAUUUCUGCUGAUUCUGUUAUUAUGCAUCCAACUGCCAAUGUUUUGGCGCUCAAAAGUUAGUCAUUUAAAAAAUCGGUUGAGACAUAGCAUUCUUUGUUCCAACCCCUUAGAAUACUGUAGACUACUGUAGGCUAAAUACUGUUCUUGAAUUACUUAGUUACAGUAUCCUUGGUAGCUGAUCUACAGCAUUCGUAAAAUAAAAAUAAACCUGUAGAUCAACUACUGUAGAUUUUUGAAAAUCAAUGUUCGGUAAGCUGAUGACAGUACGUGGGCAUAUAGUACUUCCUUGUUUUGCUAAGUAACAAGAUGUUUUUACAGCUGGAAAAACACUGCAAAUUUACAUAAUUGAAACGAAAGCAAUUGUGAAGGAACAUCAAAAUGAUGAAGAUGUUGUUUUCUGGAAAUGGAUUAAUGAAACAACGAUUGCUUUUGUUACGGAAACAGCUGUUUAUUAUUGGUCGAUUGAAUGUAAGAUUCUCAAUUUGUUUCUCAUAAAUGAUUCUAAACUUAAAAUCCAAUCCAAUUUUUCAGGUGAUGCGGCGCCUGUGAAAUUGUUUGAUCGUCAUCUUUCACUUUCUGGAACUCAAAUUAUAAAUUAUCUUUCUGAUGCUGAUUCAAAAUGGCUUGUUCUUAUUGGAAUAUCUGCAAAAGAUAAUCGAGUUGUUGGAAACAUGCAAUUGUACUGUACCCAAACAAAAGUAUCUCAACCAAUCGAUGGACAUGCCGCUUGUUUUGUUAGAUUCAAACUUGAAGGAAAUCCAUUUCCAUCAAAUUUAUUAUGUUUCUCAGUCAAAAAUGAAGCCGGUGGAAAAUUGCAUAUAAUUGAAGUUGGAUCGCCAGCGGCUGGAAAUCAACCAUUCCAGAAAAAGAAUGUUGAUGUACCAUAUACGGCUGAAACUGCACAAGAUUUCCCAGUUUCGAUGCAGGUAAAUACUUUUGAUUUUUUUUGGCAUAAGAUUUCACAAUAAAAUCCAUAUUUACAGGUUUCUUCUGAACAAGGAAUAAUUUAUUUGAUAACAAAACAUGGAUUUGUACAUUUACAUGAUAUUGAAUCUGGAGUUCAUUUUUAUUCGGAUCUUUUCAUUCCUGAAACUGUUUCUGUUACUUGUCCAUUAUCCAAAACUCCUGGAAUUAUGGGAAUCGAUGGAAAAGGACAAGUUUUUUCCAUUUCAAUCGAUAGAAGAUAUGUGGUACCAUGUGUAAUGAAAACUUUAAAAAAUCCUGAUUUGGCACUCAAAUUGGCUAUGCGUGGUAAUUUUUUAGGAGUUGAAGCUUUGUUUGAGCCCAACAUAUGUGAAGUAAGUGGUGUUAUAACGAUGAAAACAGUAGUCCGAGAUGUUUGAAUAAUAGAAUAAUAAUACAAGAAUCUGAAUCUAUGUAGUAUUGUUAGAGAAUCUAAUAACAAGUCUAUUAAUUGUAAGUAAAAUUUAACUAGGUUGAGAAUUUGAAUUUAUAAUUCAUUUGUUGUAUUUUCUGAAUAGAUUUAGCAGAAGUCCAGUUUUUGCGCGCAACAUCAAUUAUACUCAUUUGACCAUACUCUUUCUUUUGAAAUACAAUUAGUUUUUCGUUUAGGAUCAUUGAUGAAAUAUUUCAGAAUUCGUCAAAUCUCGUGCAGCACCACACUUCUAGAUCAAUUUUGGAAUUGUCAAAAACAUGCCGAAAACUUGGAAACUACAGAAUAUCAUCUGGGCUAUUAUGGAUAUCCGGAUCGCUAGCUAUACAAAGUAAUUUUUAUUUUAUGAAUAUUCAAGAAAUUCAUAUGUUUUAGCAUUCAUAUCAGAUAAUUCAUUGAACGUCACUUUGAAUUCGGACGAUUCCAAACGACGAUUCGCCGAUAGAUUAUCUGAAACUAUUGGAACGCUAUUCUGCGAUUUUGAGUUGUGAGUACAGUACAUUGCAAUGAGAUAUACAAUUUUGGUUUUUUGUCAAUAUUGAAAGGGGGUGAAAAUUGUGUGAAAACUUAGUCAUUUUUCAUGCAGAUUCUGACUGUAUUCACUGAUUCAUAUAAUCGCAUCUCGAUUCGUGAAGUUUUUUGGACUGAUGAUCAAAAAUGGAUUUUUGAAUAUUUUCAUUAAUUUCAGAAAAGCGUUGAAAAAAGUUCAAGCUCAUUGAUACGUGUUUUUCAUGCCUAAAGGAGACUGUUAGCAGUCGAUUCAGACCUCAACCUAAUCAUUUCAUCGCCUACAAGGCUCAUACUGAAGGCUCCAGUAUGAACAUUUAGAAAAUCAGAAAAUAUAGAAAUAUAGAAUUUUCAUGACUUAAGUCUCAAGUAUCAAUGAACUUGAAUUUUUUUUCAACGCUUUUAUGAAAUUUGUGAAAAUAUCCAAAAAUCCAUUACUGAUCACCGGUCCAAAAAGCUUCAAGAAUCGAGAUGAGAUUGUAUGAAUCAGUGAAUAUGGUCGGAAUCUGCAGGAAAAAUUGAUAAGUUUUCACACAAUUUUCACCUGUUGAAUAUUCAUUUCAGGUGUCACGAUGCAUAUGAUUGCUACAUGAAUUACGACUCUGACGAUUUAAAGAAUUGUACGAAGACAGCCCAGGAAUUUAUUAAACUAUUAGAAGAGUUCGUAAUAUGUGGAGAAAAAAGAAAAAUAUUGGAGAAUACAAAUUUUGAUUUAUAAGCUGAAUUUAUUCAUUAGUAUAUAUUUAGUAGAAGUAGAUAUUUGUUUAUUAUAUUGUUUGUAUAACCAUAAAAUUUACAUUUUCAGAAACAGAAAUUAAUUCUCUACGACAUGCAACUGAUUUAAUAAUGUUAAUUUCAAAAAUAAAAUUACAAAGUCUUUCAGGUCGAAAACUUGUUCAAAGAAGUUCUUCAAGAAUUCAGCGAUGCUGGAGGUGAAAGUGAAAAUCCAACUGAUAAAGUUCUCGAGAAAAAACUUGAAAAAUGCUCAAAAAUUCAUAUUAAUGGAAAACUUGCACAUCUACAGUAG